AUGAGCUCGUCCUCCUCCAUCCCGGCGUCCAACCUCACACCUGCGAAGGCCUUCGACAACAAACCUGAUGAGGCGCGGGACCCUAUUAAGCUCAUCCUCCUCGGCGAUAGCGCCGUCGGCAAGUCCAAACUCGUCGAGCGCUUUUUGAUGAAGCGCUAUGUCCCGGUGCAGAUGUCAACCUACGCGUUGACGCUCUACCGCUACGACUUCGCGACGGCGGAUGGGGUGGACUACGAUGUGGAUAUUUGGGAUACCGCCGGGCAGGAGCGCUUCGCCACGAUGCACCCAGCUUACUACCACGAGGCCCACGCCUGCAUUCUCGUCUUCGACGUCACCCGAAAGGCGACCUAUAAAAACUUAGAAAAGUGGCUAAAGGAGCUGCAAAACUACCGCUUUCGUAUCCCGUGCAUCGUCGCCUGUAAUAAAAUCGACACCGACCCUGAGGUCGUCUCGACGCGCUUUGCUUUUCCCGCGAAGCAUGACUUUCCACUGGAGUACGUCUCGGCGGCGCAUGGGACAAAUGUCGUGCAGCUUUUUGAAAAGGCCAUCAUGCUCGCUUCGGCGUAUAAAAAAAAUCCCGCGCAAGACGAUAUCGUCGCGCAGGUUUUGACGAUUCUGAAGAAUCCAAAUAACACAAAUGAGAACGGUGCGAUCGACCCUCAAAACACGAGCGGAUAG